CCAACCGUCUCUUUUGCAACGUCUCGACCUGCCGGGCUUUGCAAAUGUUCAGCGAGAGAUCACCCAGUGCGCCCCUCUUCCGCUAAGCGCCUUAACCCUCUAUUAUUCUGCCCUUUCGCUACUGCCGAAUCUGAUGCUACAGCCGGCAUUUGGUCUUCAAGCGCGAGCACGGACCUGCAAAAUAACGUCAGGUGGGUUCUCCACAUCGAAGGGACAGAAGUUGUGGGCCUCGAGCCCUCGACAACCCUCAAUUAUUGGCUAUAGAUGUGGAUGAAAAGCUAGAAGCAGGCAACGAGCCAGGUCACACCAUCAAAGAAGAGCGAAAGGGUUGCUUUUUGAGGGUAUAUAAAAAGGGGGGAGGGUUGUAAAUGGCACGAAAUUUUUGUCCUAACUCUUCCUCAUCAGCCCCACUGACCUUAAUCCUCACGCUAAUCCAUCACACAAUGGCUGGACUUGUUGACAAGGUCAAGCAAGCAACCAACAAGGCGCUUGCAUCUGGCAGCAAGAUUACCUCCACCGUCGCCCUCAAGGAAGACAAUCCUGAAGAGGGAACAGUCUUCCUCAACAAGCUUUCGGGAAAGAAUCUCAUCGUGGGCGUUCCGGGCGCCUUCACGCCCCCUUGCUCAUCGCACGUCCCUGGCUAUGUCGAGCAAGCGGACAAGUUCACCCAGAAAGGCAUCAAGAACAUCUAUGUUGUUGCCGUAAACGACGCUUUCACGACCCAGGCUUGGAAAGAGAAGUUGGGAGCCAACUCGCCGAUCGUUCACAUCCUUGCCGACGACACUGGAGCCUUCACUAGGGACGUUGGCCUGGGCUUUGACGCCUCAGGUCUCCUGGGCGGAUUCCGCUCGCAGCGAUACGUAGCUGUCGUAGACGACAAUGUUGUCUCGCAGAUCUUCGUCGAGGAUGCCGCCCCGAAUGUUACUGUCACCCAGGCAGGCAAUGUGCUCGAGGCUCUCAAGUAGGAAGCGGUGUCCUUUAUGACUAGUUGCUCAUUCAAGCUAUCCCUCUGAGGUCACCAAUUGUUAUUCGUUGCUCUCUCUCCUUUUCAAUCCCAUUGUCGAGCGCAAAC